GUACCUAGGCUAUGGUGUGUAACAUGCACACAGCGUCCUGCCCUUCCCCGUCUCCAAUUGUGGAGUCAUGAUCUGCUGUCUUCCCGGGCACUCGUCUUCCGCCUCGAGCCGAGCGAGAACAAAUCUGCGAGCAUCUCACUUGUGAGCAGCGGCCGCGCGCUCGGGACUGUGCGUCGCGCGGCGGAGAUUCUCGCGAGCCCCGGAAGGAUCCAGGGCGAAGCGGCGGCGGCAGUGGCUUCGGCUGAUGUCGGCUGGCCGUCACUCUUGACACCGGCCUCCCUCCGUCCCUCCCUCCCAGACACGGCGGAAUGGGCUUCUUGGCUGAGCUCCACAUCUUUUCAAGCUCUUUGUGUUGAGUUGUCUUCUCAUGACUGAAGAAUGGACAGAAACACCUGUGGAUUUUUUUCAGAUUUGAAAUCAGUGUGUGAGCAGUGAGGAGAUCUAAUGUGGGAAUGCCCCAGUGUCUGAAGCCAUCAUCACAGUGAGUGCAAGUCUCACUGACAGACACGACUUAUUGCUGUAACUCUACCACCUUGGCUUCCUCUGCUCCAUAAGCCAAUCAAAUGCACCCUGAAAAUAAACUGAGCAAUCAUGGGAAGCAAUCGCAGAUCCCCAGUGUAAAUCAGCAGCAGCAAGGAUCUGCUGGCAACCUGGGGUCAAAGAGCAGUGGGCCAGGGAGCCAUGGCGUCAAACCCAAUCAGAUAUCUCCAGGCAACGCUGGGAUGAAGAGUGUGAACCAAUCAGGUGGCAGCAUUGGGGUGGGUGCAGUGAUGAAGACCAAGACCAAGAGAGAAAGAAGCAUCUCCAUGGAUGCAGCAGACCAGAGAGAGACACUCACACCAGUGCUGGAACCAGACACUAAAGUAGAGGGUGUGAUGCGCAGUAAGCGUCGGUGUGUGCUGGAGAAGAAGCAGCCCUAUAGUGGAGAUGAGUGGUGCUCAGGGCCCGAGAGUGAGGAAGAGGAGGAGAAACCCCCUACUGCUACACACAGAGAGCGUGGGAUGUCCUGCCCUGGCCAGUCUCUCUCAGGUCCCUCUGCAGUGAGCUCAGUCAGUGAACAGGGUGUGCCUGGUUUAGGGUGUGGCCUUGGCCCAGGGCUACGCUCUGACCUGACCUCUCAUCCCCCUCAGCAAGUAGUGUAUGUCUUCACCACCAGCCUAGCCAACAGCGCUGCAGAGGCAGUAAUGCAUGGCCAAACGGACUCUAUCCUCCUGUUUCACCAGCAAAAUGUCCCCCGCACCAAAUUGGACCAGUGCACUGGCAUUGGGAAGCUUCCUAGCCUAUCGGAGCAGCUCAGCUCUAGUAGCACCCCUCCCACGGGAACACCCAAAUCCCAGAGUGGUACACCUCGGCCAUCCUCUGACAGUGGAGUUGUUGGAGGGCACCUGGCAAGCGGAGGUACUCCCUCUUCCACAGUUCACCCAGAAAGCGAGACUACCCAGGCCCAUCCCGGGGGGACUCCCAGUCACAAUAACAGUGCAACAUCUCACCCAUCUGGAACAGGAAGCUCAGGCCAACAACCUGCAGGGAUUCCAGGAUGUGGAGUUGUAGAUGGGUCAGGCUCUAUAAACCAUCCUGGUGCAGGUGUCUCACCCACAGCCAGUCCAACUGUGUUGUCUACGCACCUUCAGGGUGAGCAUGGUCAACAGGGAGGCCCGGUGAAUUCUGAUGGACUUUCUAAAGAGCAGCUAGAGCAUCGUGAGCGUUCUCUGCAGACGCUCAGAGACAUUGAGAGGAUGCUUCUGCGCAGUGGCGCGGGCGCUGGACAUGGAGACCCAGGAGGUCCUAACAGUAACUCAAACAACAGCUCCAAUGUCAAUAACAAUAACAAUACUGAUGGUAGUAGAGGUCUGGAGGAUGGAGAGAAUUGUGGCGGAAAUGCUGGCACCAACAGUGGCCUGCCUCCUGGUAUGCCUCCUAUGGGAGGAAUAAAAAAGUAUGAGGAACCUCUUCAGUCCAUCAUUUCACAAACGCAGAACCUUGGUGGGCCUGGAAUGGAUGAUCCUCUGAUGGGUCCACAUCAUGGCUUGCCACCUCACCACCACCUGUCCUCACCCUCAGGACUCGACAUGGGGCCUAUGCUAGGACCUGACGGGCUAACACCAGAGCAAAUAGCUUGGAGGAAACUACAAGAGGAGUACUAUCAGGAGAAGCGUCGACAGCAGGAGAUGAACCCCCACACACACCCCCAGCAUUUCCGCAUGAUGUCUGAGAUAAGCAUGCCAGGGGGGCCACACCUCAUGAUGAGGGGUCCCCCACCUCCGUAUCACAGUAAGCCUGGAGAUCAGCAGUGGGGACCAGGGCCUAUGAUGGGAGGCGGGAUGGGAGGGAAUUUGAGGAUGAUGGACAUGCAUCAAGAGGGCCCUCGAGGUCCUAGAUUUCUUGGGCAGAUGCAGCGAGGACCUCCAGGUGGUGGUGGAUACCCAGGAAGCCCUGGUGCAGUUUUACCAAUGGAGGGGCUAGGGCAUCAAAGACCUCCUAGACCAGGAAUGGGCUGGCUGGAUGACAUACCACCCAAUAUGGGUGGAGGAGGUCCAUUUCAUGGGUGCUAUCCCCCCGGUGGGCCUGGUGGACCACCUCAGCACAUGCAGGGUGAUCUGGACCGACCUUUAACACGGGAGGAGAUGUUCCGUAUCAUGGAGAAACGUCAGCUACAAGGGCUCCGCAGAGUAGAGCUUGAGCAGUUAUCUAGGCAACAGCAACAAGGUGGACUUGGAGGGCCAGGCUUUCCAAAUCCUGCUAUGGGAGGAGGCCCACCAUCCCGUGGUGAUCCUAUGGACUUUCCCAGUUCUCGGUCCAUGAUGAGCUCUCCCAUUGGUGGUGCAGGUGGGGGUGGUGGCCCUUUAAUGAGAGACAUGGUUGACUCUAGUUUAGGAGGAAACCUAAAUAUAAACAUGGGCAUGAACAUGAAUCUACAGCAGCAGAUGUUGGCCCAGAAACUAAGAGGGCCUGGGGCAGAGAUGUUGAGCCCCGAGGACAUCUCCCGGAUAAGGGCUGCGCAGAAUGGCCGGGUUGGUGCUAACAAAGGAAUGAUCCCUGGCCCAGAUGGACCACUUCAGUUCCCCAAUCAGGGUCCCUUUCCAGGUGGACAAGGGGAUGGGCCAUAUCUCCAACCAUCAGGCCCUGAGAUGUUUGGACCUGACCAGCAAGGUCCUCCCCAGAUUAGCAGCACUUCAAGGCUAAGUCAUAUGCCUAUGAACAGUGGCCAGAGGGGUGCUGACCUGGGAUCACGCCAUCCCUCUGACCUUUCCAUUAAUGUCAACCCAUUGGGCUCCCCUGCCAUGCCCCCGCCUCACCAGCUCAAGUCACCCUCCCUUAGCCAGGAGCCAUCACCGCUCAUGCCCUCUCCUUCUGCCCCAGGCCUGAAAUCCCCCACCCAGCUACCACCCACUGGUCCACCACACCCCCCUCUGCCAGCUGCUUCUGGAGCAGGAACACCCUCUACCACAUCCAUGAAAUCACCCCAGGUCAUGGGUUCAUCUCUUGGACUCCGGUCACCAUCUGGUUCCCCUGGACACCUCAAAUCUCCAGCCAUGCCUGUUGCCUCUCCAGGUUGGACUGCCUCACCCAAGACAGCCCUGCCUAGCCCUGGGGCUCCACCUAGCAGUAAGGGAGUAGGCAACGGAGGGAGCAGUUCCACUGAGACAGGUAUGUCCCUGCCUCCCAGGAGCUCCACCUCAACACCCAGCAGUCAGCCUCCCAACAUGCCUUUCACCUCUUCUCCAGACGCACCCCCAUCCCAGAAUCCUUUAUCCCUCAUCAUGUCUCAGAUGUCCAAGUACGCAAUGCCCACCUCCACUCCUCUUUAUCAUGAUGCCAUCAAGACAAUCGCCACGUCUGAUGACGAGAUGCCACCGGAUCGACCCCUCCAUCCUGGAGCAAACAUGCCAGGAAAUAUUGCAAAUCACCAGUCCACACAGAUGCUCCUGUCCCAGGGCUCAAUAGGACCUCACAGCAGCCCUCAAAGUCCUAUGGGAAUGGUUCUCCAGGGAGGUCAGCAAUUAUCCCACGAUCACUCUGGGCCAAUGCUGCCUUCCCCUAACCCCAUGGGCAUGUCGGCGAUGAUGGGAGGUGGAGGGGGACCUCCAGAAGGGAUAGGACCCUGCAACGUGUCCCCUAUGCACCCUUCAAGCCAGAUGGGUGGAUUUUCUCGCAUGCAGGGACCUUUGCACUCUCCGAUUGGCGGUAUGGGGCAGCAGUACCCACAGCCUCCUGAUGAUGUCCUCCCUCCACAGCAAAUGCACCUUCUCACUAAGGGCAUGCCCCAUCAGCGUCCCCCUCACCCAUCAGACACUUUCCCCUCCAUGCCCAUGGGAGAGGGCCCGGACUUAAGUGAGGUCAUCAGGCCCACACACACAGGCAUACCAGAAUUUGAUCUGUCUCGAAUCAUUCCUGCCGACAAGCCUAGUAGCACCCUGCAGUACUUCCCCAAGAAUGAGGCCAUGUCCCAACCGCAACAGACCCCUCACCAAGGCCCACCACCUCAGCAGGUUCCUUCAGCCCAGCUCCUGAAGCAGCUCUCUUCAUCCGGGCCCCCUCACAACAGCGCUCCCUCCUCCAACCCUCACAUCGCCAACUUGCAAAAUAUGAUGGCUGAGCAGCAGCUUCCUCUGCAUCCCUCACACUGCGGCCUGCGCCCUGGGAUGGGCAUGAACCAGGGAGGGUCCAGAGUUAUGGGCUCAGGUGGUGGGAUGGGGCCUGGACCCAUAUGCCAUCCAGGGCACCUGAUGGGCAGGACAGGUAUGCCUCAGCAACAGCAGCAACAUCAUCAUCAGCAGCAGCAGGCUAUGAUGGCUAACAGCCUUUUGCAGCACCAAUCCCAUCCACCACAAGGCAUGAUGUCGCCACAGCAACAUCCACACAACCUUAUGGCCCAGCAGAACUUGAUGAUGAUGCAGGCCAAGCAGAGGGGCAUGGCCAUUCCUGGGGAGCACUUUGGCCAGCAAGGGCCACUCCUGUCCCCUCAAGGGCCCAUGAUGGGACCUCCACACCCACAGUCGGUCAUGAUGGGGCCCCAAGGUAUCAGACAGAGAGGCAUGUCUUUGGAUAGUCCACUGGGCUAUGGACCUGGAGGCAUGGCAAACAUGCCUUUCUGAACAUGUUUCUCCAUAAACCUGUAAAAACCUUUUUUUUUUUUCUUAUGGGUUACUUCCAACUCUGACAUGUUUUUAUUGACGUUUAUUGAUUGUGGCAAUCAAAUGCUAAUAUAAUUGUUAUUAGAAAUAUUCCCUUAAUUCUGAGGUAGACAGUAAGAAAAGGCUAAAUCGUUACAGUAAAGCAACAAAUUCUGAAGCCAUUUUUUAAAGUGUCUGUAAAAUAUGUAUAUUUCACAGAUCGAUGUGUUUGUUUAAAGGAGGUGACGGGAAAAACUCUGUUUCUAAUUCCAUUUUCUCUGGCUACCAAACUGUUGUGCAAGGGAGUAUAUAAAUAUAUAUAUAUAAAUACAAAUUCUCUCUAUAUAUAGUUGCUGUAAAUAAGAUGCAAUUUGUGCUCGUUUGCAACUGUUCUGUAUAACUGUGUUUAAUAGAAGUCUAACAGCAAAUAAUAAGGAAAAAAAUCUGCAAAUCUG